AAAUUCAACUGUUCUCCUCUCCUCUUUUUUUUCUUAGACGACAGAGAACACACGUUUCUCAAAAAAAGGAGCCAGACACCUCUUUUCUUCUUCCUCUCUGCUCCUCCUCCUCUACUGUAGGAAUCUGAGAGAGAGAGACACAAAUUCCUCUCUAUCUGGAAUCCAAUUCCUAAUCUUUCAAGAAUCAUCAGUAGCAGCAGACGGACAACCGCGCGCCUUCCUCAAUACGCUACCGUUUCGAAUCUGCGAGAAAUGGCGAAGCGUGGAUAUAAGCUGCAAGAAUUUGUGGCUCAUUCAACCAAUGUGAACUGCUUAAGUAUCGGUAAAAAGGCGUGUAGAAUGUUUAUCACCGGCGGUGAUGAUCAUAAAGUGAAUCUUUGGGCAAUUGGCAAACCCACUUCUUUAAUGAGCUUGUGUGGUCAUACAAGUCCAGUUGAAUCUGUUGCUUUUGAUACAUCAGAAGUUUUAGUGCUUGCCGGAGCUUCUAUGGGUGCAAUAAAGCUGUGGGAUUUAGAAGAAGCUAAGAUGGUUCGCACUCUUACUGGACACAGAUCCAACUGCACUGCUGUUGAAUUCCAUCCAUUUGGUGAGUUCUUUGCUUCUGGUUCCACAGACAUGAAUAUGAGGAUCUGGGAUAUCAGAAAAAAGGGCUGCAUACACACGUACAAGGGUCAUACUCAAGGAAUUAGCACUAUCAGAUUUUCUCCUGAUGGUCGUUGGGUGGUUUCCGGUGGAUGUGAUAAUGUUGUAAAGGUGUGGGAUCUUACUGCUGGAAAGCUUUUACAUGAUUUUAAGUUCCAUGAAGGACAUAUUAGAUCCAUUGAUUUCCAUCCCCUUGAGUUUCUCCUUGCUACUGGUUCAGCAGACAGAACCGUGAAAUUCUGGGAUUUGGAGACCUUCGAACUGAUUGGAUCUGCCCGACCUGAGGCUACAGGAGUGCGCUCUAUUACCUUUCAUCCUGAUGGAAGGACACUUUUUUGUGGAUUAGAUGAUAGUCUGAAGGUUUAUUCUUGGGAGCCUGUGAUUUGCCAUGAUGCUGUUGAUAUGGGAUGGUCAACACUUGGUGACCUCUGCAUUCAUGAUGGGAAACUCUUGGGCUGUUCAUUCUAUAGAAACUCUGUUGGAGUUUGGGUUGGAGAUAUAUCGUGCAUUGAGCCAUAUGGUGAUGGUUUUGUACCCAAAGAAAGUGAAUGCACAGACCAGAAAUUUAACAUCCCUGGAUGUAAUUCUUCAGAUAAAGUAGGAAGUGAUGUGAGAUCAACUUUGGGUUUCCGUUCUCCAUCUCCUGACUACGAGACAAAGGAAAUAAAGAACAUAUAUGUAGACUCUACUGGUGGAAAUCCUGUUACUUUACAAAGAGCUGGUUCCCUGAAUUCAUCAAAAGAAGUCCUCUCACUGGAUUCCAAGGAAAUGAGUGCUCCUCUAACUGAGAAGCAGAGCCCUUUAAUGGGAAUGAAUGCAAAUUUGAGUGAACAAACUUUUGACAAAUCUUUCAUUGUCCCUACCAUUGUACCUCGGGACAUUCCUGUUGAAAAAGAUUCUUCUAAUUCUGGAAAGGAAACUAUCAAGUUUACAAAAACCAAACCUGGUAUGUUGCUCAGACCAGCUCAUGUGCGGAGGCCAUCAAAUAGCAAGAAUGAUGUUGACAAGAUGUCAGUGGCUCUUGAAUCUGGAAAUUUUAGCAGUGUUACAAGUGAGAAAGGAAGUGCAAGAGAUCCCAGAUUGCAAUCCCAGAUUGUAACAGAAGAUGGAGCUCAAAAAUCCCGUGAGAAGAAAAGCCCCAGUAUCAAGGGUGUCACAGAGAAGUUUGAAAAAGUUUUAUCACCAGAAACACCUAGUCAGGGAAACUGUGACGAAUCUGUUAAAAGCAGUAAAGAGAUUGCCCCUGUUAAGAUUGUCAAUGGAGUUGCAGUGGUAUCGGGCAGGACACGUAGUCUUGUUGAGAGGUUUGAAAGAAGGGAGAAAUUAAGCAGCGAAGAUCAAGAAUUAAACACAAGUCAUCAAGCUGUGCCAGAAUCAAACAGGACCUCCACCACAGAAACAAAUACGACCCCUCCUGUCAUUUCAUCAAAUAUGACUCCUCUCAUGGUGCCUGAAACAGACAGAACUGCCACAAUAGCACCUAAAAUGAACCCUUGUUUUGUACCUGAAACAGAUAAUACAGGCUCCGCAGCAUCAAAAAUGAUUUCUAUUGCCAUACCUGAGAAGGAUAGAACAGCCACCAUAGCAACUAAAUCAAGCCCUCGUGUUAUACCUGAAACAGAUAGAAAACCCUCUAUAUCAACUAAUAUGAUGUCACGUGUUAUAUCGCAAACAGAUAGAACACCCCCUGUAGCAGCCCGUAUGACCUCUCGUGUUAUACCUGCAACUGAUCGGACACCCCCAGUAGCAACUAUUUUCACCCCUCGUGUUGUACAUGAAAGGGACAGAACACCCCCUAUUCCUACAAACACUGCCAUGCGAACUCCCCCAGUAGCAGCUGUUAUCACCCCUCGUGUUAUUCCUGAAAGGAAUAGAACACCUCCUGUUCCUACUAAUACAACCACGCUUGUUAUACCUGCAGUGGAUAGAAUACCUUCCAUAACUACUAAUUUUACCUCUCGCAUCGAAUGUGAAAUGGAUAGAGCACCCCUCAAUCUGAAUGAAGAGCCUCAAAUUUCUGGUAGGGACUCGACUUCUGCUAAUUAUAAGGAUGUUAUUGAAGAUCUGAUGCAAAGUCACGAUGUAUUCCUAAAUACCCUUAAAUCCCGCUUGACAAAGCUACAGGUGAUUCGACAUUUUUGGGAACGAAGUGACAUUAAAGGUGCUAUCAAUGCCUUGAGGAAACUGCCUGAUUAUUCUGUGCAAGCAGAUGUGAUCAGUGUUCUCAUGGACAAAAUGGAGAUUCUCAAUUUAGAUUUAUUUUCUUGCUUGCUUCCUGUGCUUGUGGGCUUGCUAGACAGCAAGAUGGAAAGGCAUGCAAAUAUCUCAUUGGAGAUGCUACUGAAGCUUGUAGCGGUUUUUGGCCCGGUAAUACAAUCAGCUGUUUCCGCUCCUCCAGUUGUUGGUGUUGAUCUUCAUGCAGAGCAAAGGCGAGAAUGCUGCAACAAGUGCUUUGCUCAGCUGCAAAAGAUCCAGCAAAUUCUUCCAGCACUAGCAAGGAGGGGCGGUUUAUUGACAAAAAGUGCUCUGGAAUUGAAUCUAGUCCUUCAACAGUCAUAGCAAAUGGUGCCGUCUAGAAUCAAUUUCAUCAGAAAAUGUUGAAAGAGUGGCCCAACUGAUACCCUGCCAGCAGAAACACAAGGAGCGUGAUACUCCUUGCAUCUGGUUUUGUCAAGCUCGCAAUUUUGUUUUGGCGCUCCCUACUUCUUGCCAUCAUAUUGGUUUUUACAACUACUACUGACGGCAUCCUACAGCUAGAGAGUUUUGUGAGGCAAAGUGGCAAACAUCCGAGUAGUAGCUUUUCUUGAAACUAUUACCGCCGAGGACAAAUUAUCUCAUCUUUCCAGCCAUGGUCCUUUCUGAACUUCGCAGGAAAUUUCACUUUGUAAUUCUUCGCCUCUAGGCAGUACUAUGUGUUCUUUUGUGCAAAUGAAUGUAAUUAGUGCCAAUUCAUAUGUAUACUCCAUUUGUUAUAUUCAAUGAAAAGCAUAAAUUUUUUUUU